AGUCUUAUGGAGCUUACUGAAGUUGCCAUGGCAGCAUGUUUUCUACAUGUUUUGUUACAAACCGCCACUCCUCGAAACUACAGUGGAAAGGCUGCAAACUGUAAAGAAACGUAGAUCCUAACUAACCAAUUAGAUGCAAGUAUGGCCCAACAGGUUGACGUUUGAAAAAGUUGCAUCACACUGAAGUGCAGCAUCACAGCAGAUGACUCAGCUGAUACAAACUGGACUACGGAGGGCGACGACCUGUUGAGGAGGUCAAAACAAGCAGAUCCACCCGCUUGUUUUGUGUGUAAGUGAGCUGAUUAAACAUUACACGUGACUUCUGCCGGCGUGCAGCCGUAACCAUGUCGGACAUUACGAUCAACACGUGCCCUGUUGAUGAUGUUUCAUCAGGAAGGACCCCGCCGGGGAAACGAAAGAGGAAAAACAAAUGGUUCUUUAAAAAGAUGCGAUAUUUGGAGAGGAAGGGCUACGUGGAGGACAGACACAAAUACAACCACGGGAUGGGACAGUCCAGAUCCAACCCAACUCCACAGCAGAAUGGAGCGUCCAGCAGGCAUCCAUCGCUUCCCGCUUCCACACAAAACAAAAGUUUACCUCAUGCAGGCAGAGCGGUCAGUGCUUCCCACUGUAGCUCCAAGCCUUCAGCAUCCACACACAGCCUGCCUUCCUUGACUGUCACUGUGAUGAACCGAGGCAGCCACGAAACGCCAAAGGGACCUGUGAACUCAAGAUCAAUAACCACCACCCCCACCCCUACCCCCAGCACCUCAGGGGCAAGCAGCCAUAAACCCACCGCCGCGCUCCCCGCUGGCCAAACAUCAGCGGGACUCCCUACGAAGUACCUCGCUGUAGACUGUGAGAUGGUGGGCACGGGCCCGAAAGGGCGCAUCAGCCAACUCGCGCGCUGCAGUAUAGUGUCCUACGAAGGAGACGUGGUUUACGAUAAAUUCAUCAACCCCUCCAUGCCUGUCACCGACUACCGCACCCGGUGGAGCGGCAUCCGGCGCAAAGACCUGGAGAAGGCCACGCCGUACCCCGAGGCCAGGAAGGAGAUACUGAGGCUGCUCAUGGGGAAGGUGGUGAUCGGCCACGCCAUCCACAAUGACUUCAAGGUCCUCGGUUACUCUCACCCCGCUGCCUUGACCAGAGACACAUCUCGAAUCCCGCUGCUCAACAGGAAGGCCGGCUUUGCCGAGAACGAGUGCGCCUCACUGAAGAGACUCACGAAGGCCAUUUUCAACCGUGACAUCCAGACCGGGAGGAAGGGCCACUCUUCUGUGGAGGACGCCAGAGCCACUAUGGAGCUUUACAGAGUGGUGGAGGCGGAGUGGGAGCGGACGCUGGCCUCUAAAUCGCAGGCCAGUUAGUGCCAGAUUUGAGGAGAAAACACGGAAAUAAACAGGUUUUAAAUGGA